AUGUCGUGCUGGCCCUCAGCCCUUCUUGUCGAGAUCCUCAACAGGCACACCGCAAAGUGGAGCAAAAUGUCAGACAAAAUGUCCAGUUUCCUCCACAUCGGGGACAUCUGCUCCCUGUAUGCGGAGGGAUCCACCAAUGGAUUUAUCAGCACUUUAGGUCUGGUGGACGACCGCUGCGUGGUGCAACCGGAAUCUGGGGACCUAAACAACCCUCCGAAGAAAUUUCGAGACUGUCUGUUCAAGUUGUGUCCAAUGAACAGGUACUCAGCCCAGAAACAGUUCUGGAAAGCAGCAAAACCUGGUGGAAACAGCACCACAGACACCGUGCUACUCAACAAAUUACAUCACGCUGCCGAUCUAGAGAAGAAACAGAACGAAUCAGAAAACCGGAAGCUGCUGGGAACGGUUAUACAGUACGGAAAUGUUAUUCAGCUGUUGCAUUUAAAAAGCAAUAAGUACCUUACCGUGAACAAACGGCUACCUGCUUUGCUGGAGAAGAACGCCAUGCGUGUGACGCUGGACUCUGCUGGAAAUGAAGGCUCCUGGUUUUACAUCCAGCCCUUUUACAAACUCCGCUCCAUAGGUGACAGUGUUGUGAUUGGGGAUAAAGUGGUUUUGAAUCCCGUGAACGCAGGACAGCCUCUACAUGCCAGCAGCCAUCAGCUGGUGGACAAUCCUGGCUGCAACGAGGUGAACUCCGUGAACUGCAACACUAGCUGGAAGAUUGUUUUAUUUAUGAAAUGGAGUGACAACAAGGAAGUCAUUCUUAAAGGGGGCGACGUGGUUCGACUGUUUCAUGCCGAGCAGGAGAAGUUUCUCACUUGCGAUGAACACAGGAAGAAGCAAUACGUGUUCCUGAGAACCACCGGCCGUCAGUCUGCCACCUCUGCCACCAGCAGCAAAGCACUGUGGGAAGUGGAGGUGGUGCAGCAUGACCCGUGUCGCGGUGGCGCUGGUUACUGGAAUAGUCUUUUCAGGUUUAAACACUUGGCCACAGGACACUACCUGGCAGCAGAGGUUAAUCCUGACUAUGAGGAAGAGUCACAGGAAUCUCGUUCAUCUGUGGCAGAUUUUUCACCCUUUAACUUCCAGCUGGACUCAGAACAUGAAGCUCUGCGGGCUCGUCUGCGAACGCCCAACGAGAAGGUCAUGUACACCCUCGUGUCUGUCCCUGAUGGCAAUGACAUCUCCUCCAUUUUUGAGCUGGAUCCCACCACCCUCAGAGGAGGAGACUCCCUCGUCCCCAGGAACUCGUAUGUGAGACUAAGGCACUUGUGCACCAAUACAUGGGUCCACAGCACCAACAACCCCAUUGACAAAGAGGAGGAGAAGCCAGUUAUGUUACGGAUUGGCACAUCACCUAUCAAAGAAGAUAAAGAGGCCUUCGCCAUUGUGCCAGUCCCUCCUGCGGAGGUGAGGGACCUAGACUUUGCCAACGAUGCCAGUAAAGUGUUGGCAUCCAUCGCUGGCAAGCUAGAGAAGGGCACAAUCACUCAGAAUGAAAGAAGAUUUGUCACUAAGCUUCUGGAGGACCUUGUGUUUUUCGUGGUGGACAUCCCCAACAAUGGCCAGGAUGUUUUGGAGAUCAUGGUCAAUAAACCCAACCGUGAACGGCAGAAACUCAUGAGAGAGCAGAAUAUCUUAAAACAAAUCUUUAAGCUGCUUCAGGCCCCGUUCACCGACAGCGGCGAUGGUCCCAUGUUGCGUCUGGAGGAGCUGAAUGACCAGAGACACGCACCCUUCAGGCACAUAUGCAGACUGUGCUACCGUGUGCUGCGACAUUCACAGCAGGAUUACAGGAAGAACCAGGAAUACAUCGCCAAGCAGUUCCGCUUCAUGCAGAAACAGAUCGGCUACGACGUGUUGGCCGAAGAUACAAUAACGGCCCUCCUCCACAACAACCGCAAACUCUUGGAGAAGCACAUCACGGCGGCUGAAAUUGACACGUUUGUCAGCCUUGUGAGGAAAAACCGUGAACCAAGGUUUCUGGACUACCUGUCCGAUCUGUGUGUGUCAAUGAACAAGUCCAUCCCAGUGACUCAGGAGCUGAUCUGUAAUGCGGUGCUGAAUCCUGCCAAUGCUGACAUCCUUAUAGAAACCAAGCUGGUGUUGUCUCGGUUUGAGGUGGAGUCUGGAGAGGGUCCAGUGGAGUCAGAGGAGGAUGAGGAGGAGGUGUGGUUGUUUUGGAAGGACAGCGGUAAGGAGAUCAAGAGUAAGAGCAUCAGAGAGCUGGCGCAGGAUGCUAAAGAAGGCCAGAAAGAGGACCAGGAUGUCAUUAGCUACUACAGAUACCAGCUGAACCUGUUUGCAAGGAUGUGUUUGGACCGCCAGUACUUAGCCAUAGAGAAGAUAUCAGGUCAGCUGGAUGUAGACCUGAUCCUGCGCUGCAUGUCGGAUGAAGACCUUCCCUACGACCUCCGUGCCUCGUUCUGCCGGCUGAUGCUUCACAUGCACGUAGACCGUGACCCGCAGGAACAGGUCAUGCCUGUGAAAUACGCCAGGCUGUGGUCCGAGAUCCCAUCCAAAAUCGCCAUCGAUGAUUAUGAUAAUGACGGAACCAGCAGAGAUGAGAUAAAGGAGCGCUUUGCACUCACAAUGGACUUUGUUGAGAACUACCUCAGAGAUGUGGUCUGUCAGAAUGUUCCUUUCUCCGAUAAAGAGAAAAACAAACUGACUUUUGAGGUUGUGAACUUAGCAAGAAACCUUAUUUACUUUGGCUUUUACAACUUCAGUGACUUGUUGCGCUUGACUAAGAUCUUGUUGGCCAUUUUGGACUGCGUUCAUGUCAGCACCAUCUACCCCGUCAACAAAAUGGAAAAAGGAGAUGAGUCCAAAAGUAGCAAUGUAAUGAGGUCCAUCCAUGGCGUUGGGGAGCUCAUGACCCAGGUGGUCUUAAGAGGAGGUGGAUUCUUACCCACCACCCCCACAACACCCCCUGAUGGUGAUGUGGUGAAGACCCAGACAGAACCAGAGAAGGAAGACAUUCUGGUGAUGGACACCAAACUGAAGAUCAUAGAAAUCCUACAGUUUAUACUGAAUGUACGACUGGACUACAGGAUCUCCUGCUUGCUCUGCAUCUUCAAACGUGAGUUUGACGAGAGCAACACGCAAACGGAUGCAGUGCCAGCUGCGAAUGCAGACGGACCCAACUGUAUCCCAGCUCUGGACUUUGAGAAUAUUGAAGAACAAGCAGAAGGAAUUUUUGGAGGAAGUGAGGAGAACACACCUCUGGAUCUUGAUGACCAUGGUGGAAGAACAUUUUUGAGGGUUCUGCUGCAUCUCACUAUGCAUGACUAUCCACCGCUUGUGUCUGGAGCCCUACAUUUGCUCUUCAGACAUUUCAGCCAGAGACAAGAAGUGCUAAUGGCUUUCAAGCAGGUUCAACUUCUAGUGACCAGUCAGGAUGUUGACAACUACAAGCAGAUCAAAUCAGACCUUGACCAGCUGCGAUCUAAUGUGGAAAAGUCAGAGCUCUGGGUGUACAAGCGACAGGGUGAUGAAGGCAUGGAUGCAGGAGACGGACUCCCAGCAGAAUCUGACCACAAAAAGAAGAGGGACUCUGGUUCGGGCAAAAAAAAGACAGACGGAAAUAGCAGUGACAAUUACAGAGAUGUGAAAGAGAUCCUCCUGCGUCUCAGCAAGCUUUGCGCACAGGAAGGACCGUCCGGGAAGAAGAGUAAGAAACAGCAGCAGAGGCUGUUGAGGAACAUGGGAGCUCAUUCAGUGGUGCUUGAGCUGCUGCAGAUCCCUUAUGAGAAGGGUGAGGACAUACGAAUGCAAGAGAUCAUGAAGCUGGCUCAUGAGUUUCUUCAGAACUUCUGUGCAGGCAACCAGCAGAACCAGGCUCUGCUCCACAAACACAUCAACCUAUUUCUCAACCCUGGGAUCCUGGAGGCCAUCACCAUGCAGCACAUCUUCAUGAACAACUUCCAGCUGUGCAGUGAGAUGAACGAGCGGGUCGUGCAGCACUUCGUCCACUGCAUCGAGACCCACGGCAGACACGUGCAGUACCUGAAGUUCCUGCAGACCAUCGUCAAGGCCGAGAACAAAUUUAUCAAAAAAUGUCAGGAUAUCGUAAUGGCCGAGUUGGUGAACUCUGGAGAGGAUGUGCUGGUCUUUUAUAAUGACCGGGCCUCGUUCCAGACUCUGGUCCAGAUGAUGCGCUCGGAGCGUGACCGGAUGGAUGAAAACAGCCCCCUCAUGUACCACAUCCACCUGGUGGAGCUGUUGGCCGUCUGCACAGAGGGCAAAAACGUUUACACCGAGAUCAAGUGCAACUCCUUGCUGCCGCUGGACGAUAUUGUUCGCGUGGUUACACACAAAGACUGUAUCCCUGAGGUCAAAAUUGCGUACAUCAACUUCCUGAACCAUUGCUACGUGGACACAGAGGUCGAAAUGAAGGAGAUCUACACCAGCAACCACAUGUGGAAGCUCUUUGAGAACUUUCUGGUCGACAUAUGCAGGCCUAACCUGCCGGUGUCUUUUGUGAGACCUGUAGGAUCUGUAGAAGUUGAGGCCGUAUCAUCACGCCCAGGGGUUUCUAAGAGAAUCGGCCUGACCACUGCCGGUUGUUGCGCGACGACCCGGCAGCCUGUGUUUGUGCAGCUCCUGCAGGGGGUUUUCAGAGUUUACCAUUGUAACUGGCUCGUUCCUGCCCAGAAAGCCUCAGUGGAGAGCUGUAUUAAGGUUCUGUCUGAUGUGGCCAAGAGCAGAGCGAUCGCCAUCCCGGUGGAUUUGGACAGUCAGGUGAACAACCUGUUUGUGAAGUCCAACAAUGUGGUGCAGAAAACCAUCCUCAAUUGGAGGAUAAGACGGGUGAAGGGGAUAGAGGUCAGUGGAGGGGUGUCAUCUAGCCUGAGGGAGGGGAAGGCUGAGUUAGACAUCGUGUCCGCUCUGGAGGAUCGUCUGCGGCCGCUGGUUCAAGCUGAGCUCUCUGUGCUGGUGGACGUCCUGCAUCGCCCAGAGCUCCUCUUCCCCGAAAACACAGACGCUCGGCGGAAAUGCGAGAGCGGAGGCUUCAUCUCUAAGUUGAUAAAGCACACUAAACAACUUUUAGAGGAGAGCGAGGAGCGUUUGUGUAUUAAAGUGUUGCAGACGCUUCGGGAAAUGAUGACGAAGGACCGAGGCUAUGGGGAAAAGGGGGAGCUGUGGACACAUCCGUCCCCGCUCUCGCCGCUGUCCCAGUUUCCUCGCCUUCAUUCUGCACGAUUCCUGGACUCCUGCCAGCUCGGAACCAGAGCUUGCACCCCACAGAACCAGAGGUCCCAGCAGAGUGUGUCAACACAUAUUCGCCCUCCUGCCAAGCUUGGGCUGGGAUGCCUCUCUGGUAUUAUGAGGUGUGAAGCUUUGAGAGCAAGUCCUGGUGAACCGUUACUAUGGCAACUUCAAGCCGGGAGGCAGGCGAGACAGUUUGACCAAUUUCAGCAACGGGCGCUCACCCCCAGCGGGCAGACCAAGAACUCCUACAGAACCAUCAGCUGUUUGCCAGGCGACAAGAAUAUGGCACCCGCACUUCCUGAGGUGGUGGAGCUUCAGUGGGCAGUCGAGGGGAGAUUAGCCUGGCUGAAGUGCAGUGUCAUCUGGACAGAGAAGGUGCGUCCUGACCUGGUCGUUGAGCCUCAUCAUGAGGCACCACGAGUGACCGAAUCUUCCAGGAAAGCAUCCUGCUGGCCAUGCUCAGCUCUGCUGGAGGAGGAAACCCUGUCAUACAGGCUUAUGGCGCUCGGGACAGUAUUUGAGACAGAUGGUGUGGAAAUCAGCUGGCCCCAGCAGAAGAUCAAGGCAACUGUGGCGGUGAACACCAGCGAUCUGGGCAGCAAGCGCCAAAGGCGAGGACACAAGCGACAAGGACAACCAGGCAGCAGAAGAAGGCCACCUUCCACACGGCUUGUACGGAGGAGGCGGACGGCCGGCGAGCAUCAGAAUGUGUCGGAGGAGGGGCAGAGCAGCACAGGAGAGAAGAACCAGGAUGACAACGAGAUGAGCGUCAUCGCAACCAUCAUGCAGCCAAUCCUGCCUCCUGCAGCUGCUUUAACUUCCUUCGCUAUCAGAGACAACAAGAAACAACUACAACCUGACAAUUGCGUUAAGAUUAUACCAGCCUUAGAGAUACCCAGUAUUAUCUACUCAGAACUGCAUUACUCUUUUGCCAUGGAUAGCGACAUUGACAUCAUCAUCGCUCUCAUCCUCCGCGACAUCAACCCGCUGGGAAAGAAGAGGAUGGACUUGGUCCACUGGAGCUCAAGAGCCUUUGACGUCCUCGAUUCUGAAAAAUUUCCUGGCCGCCCACAGCCUCUCGGUCAAACCCCAAGCUCGGCCGUAGAGGCCCACGUCCCUUAUCAGUACCCGGUGUGCAAUAAAGUGAUUUUUUCUAUUGAGUUUCUGUGGGAAAUGUGGUACGUGCGUUCACAAGAGGAUAAGGGGAAGGCCAUGAUCAUGGAUGUGGAGUUCCUGUAUCAUCUGCUUUACCUCAUUAUAUGCAGCCUUGGAGUCUUUGUUCAUGUCUUCUUCUACAGCUUGCUUCAUCGGUUAACACUGAAAGACCUGGCGCUUGAAAGCAAUGCUGGUCUCAAACUGGCCUUUCUCAUAAGCUGGGGUUACUUAGGGUUAACAAAGAAGAAGGUGUUUACAAAGGAGUACAGUCGACCUGCGGUCGUGAUUGAGGAUAAGGAGAGGGCCGUGUGA